GACUCGCAAUGGCAUCAUCAGCGGCACACAAGCCGCGCAGGAGGAGGAAGAUUGAAGAGGGUUCCCUGGCGCAUGUAACACACGGAACACUCGAUUUCGACGAAAGCACCAAUGCACGCAAGCCUGCAUUUCCUCUGGUCGCGUUCCUCUGGCCAGCUAAGGGCACCGUGUCGCUAUGGGUUACAAUACCUCUCAUCCUGAUGGCCGUUGGCCUCUUUCGAUGGACUGUCAGUUUAUGGGGCUACUCUGGCUACCAAUCACCACCUAUGCAUGGAGACUUUGAGGCUCAACGGCAUUGGAUGGAAAUCACGAAACACUUGCCUGUGUCGCAGUGGUACUUCUACGAUUUGCAAUGGUGGGGUCUGGACUACCCUCCUCUCACAGCCUACCAUAGCUGGCUGUUGGGUGUCAUUGGUUCUGCCAUUGACCCAGAAUGGUUUGCUCUCGAUGAAUCGCGCGCCCUCGAUGAUCCCAACCUGAAGAUAUACAUGCGAGCGACCGUCUUCGUCUCCGAAUACCUUGCCUACGUUCCAGCACUCAUUAUCUUCCUUCGUCGAUACGCGAAGCUAGAAGGUGUCAAUGUCUGGGAGGGGUCGAUCGCGUUGGUAGCUAUACUACUGCAGCCUGGCACCAUCUUGAUCGACCAUGGACACUUUCAGUACAACACCGUCAUGCUCGGAUUUGCCGUCGCAACAUUGUCGAGCAUGGUCGCUGGACGGCCACUGUGGGGCUGCGUCUUCUUCGUAGGCGCACUUGGAUUUAAGCAAAUGGCCCUCUUCUACGCUCCUGCGGUCUUCGCGUACCUGCUGGGAAUAUGCUUGUUCCCCAGGAUCAAUAUCGUGCGAUUUCUCUCCAUCGCGUUGGUCACAGUUGCAGCUUUCGCUGUGCUAUAUCUGCCAUUCUUGUUAGCUAUUGCCUACGACAUGUACAAGGGCGUUUCCGUUGAAGGGCUCCCAAUGCCUCCGCUCAUGGAGUCAUUGCCAAUCCGUCGGGACACUAACACCUGGUACUAUCCGGUCGUCCUCCAGAUGACCCAGUCGAUCCACCGAAUUUUCCCCUUCUCCCGUGGUCUAUUCGAGGAUAAAGUUGCCAACAUCUGGUGUACAAUUCACACAUUCCACAAGCUUCACCGCUACCCUCAAGAGCUUCUCCAGCGCGCAGCUCUUCUCGCUACCUCCGCCGCUAUCUUGCCGCCAUGUCUUAUUAUCUUUCUUAAGCCAAAGAAGCAGCUUCUUCCUCUCACAUUUGCAGCAGUCUCAUGGGGUUUCUUCCUCUGCUCGUACCAGGUGCACGAGAAGAAUGUGCUUCUUCCACUCAUGCCCAUGACCCUUCUGCUCGGCGGACGAGAGGGUCUGCUACCAUCAACCCGCGCCUGGGUAGGACUUGCCAACAUGCUCGGUAUUUGGACGAUGUUCCCUCUCCUGAAGAGGGACGAGCUUCGAGUCCCGUACUUUGUCAUCACACUCCUCUGGGCAUACUUGCUCGGUCUUCCGCCAGUCUCCUUCUCUGCAUACCACGAGGGCAGCCGAAGUGGCGUGAACUUGCUCAGCAAGAUCAUCCACCUCAACAUUUAUAUGGCCAUGGUGGGCUGGCACGUUGUCGAAGCUUUCUACCCGCCACCAGCCGAAAAGCCAGAUCUGUGGGUGGUCGCAAACGCCAUCGUUGGCACCGGUGGAUUCGGCAUCUGCUACCUGUGGUGUCUGUGGCGACUGGUCACGAAGAGCGAAAUCCUCGUAAAAGCGAAGAGAAAGACACAGUAG